UAAUUAUCAUUUUCACCCAAAUCAGGCCAACAGUUGCGUUUUAGUCGAAUAUUUGCUGAUUAAUAAUAAAACUGCUGAGUCAUGUCGGAUAGUGAUGCGAGCGAGUUCUCUGAUGACGAGGAAGGUUUCAAUCAAAAUAAAAACGAAUUUGAAGCUGACAGCGAGGCUGAGGAGGUAGAAGAUCCGAGCGAUGAUGAAGCGGGUUCGGAGCCCUCUAGUGGUGAGGAUCUCGAUGAAAAGAAAGCACAAGACGAGCAGCAGGAGGAUUUUGACGAGGAGGAAUACGAAGAAGAGGAUGAAGUGAAUCAACGUCGAGCGAAACGAGCGCGACAUCAAGGAUUUAUAUUAGAUGAAGCUGAUGUUGACGAGGACGGGGUGGACGACGAGGAAUGGGAAGACGGCGCUCAAGAUAUUCUUGACCCAGAUGAGGAAUUAGAAGCUUCAACUGUUGAGAAUGUAUUGGAUGACGACAUGUCGGGUGCAAGAAGGUUGCAUAAUAUGUUCAAUGACGAACAAGUGGAAGAAUUAGGCGAAUAUUAUCGGAAGAAAUACGCUACGACGUCAUCUGCCUCUAAAUCUGGAUUAUACGGAGACAAUGAAGUAUCAGACGAUAUUAGUCAACAACAAUUAUUACCUGAUGUUAAAGAUCCGAACUUAUGGACAGUCAAGUGCAAACAUGGAGAGGAAAAAGCUACAGUGGUUUUGCUUAUGAGGAAGUUCAUAGCAAUGCAGUAUGAUGAACAACCAUUGCAAAUCAAGUCGGUCACAGCUCCUGAGGGACUUAAAGGUUACAUAUAUGUUGAAGCUAUCAAACAAACGCACGUGAAGCAAGCCAUUGAAGGGGUAAGCAACUUACGACUUGGAUAUUGGACGCAAAAGAUGGUUCCCACCAAAGAGAUGCCCGAUGUGUUUAAAGUGUUGAAAGAAUUUGAUCGAACGAGCCUUAAACCUAAGAUGUGGGUGAGGUUGAAAAAGGGUGUGUUCAAGGAUGAUCUCGCUCAGAUUGAUUACAUCGAGCAAAGUCAGAACCAAGUCACUUUAAAGUUAAUUCCACGAAUUGACUAUAGUCGUCCACGUGGUUCAAACCGAGGUAGUUACGAUAAAGAGAAACGUAAACUACAUAAACGACCGCCACAAAAGUUGUUCGAUGUCGAUGGUAUACGAGCUAUUGGCGGUGAAAUAUCAACAGACGGCGACCAUCUUGUUUUUGAGGGGAAUCGCUUCAGUAGGAAGGGGUUUCUCUACAAGAACUUUACUUUGAACACAAUUUGUGUUGACGGGAUCAAACCAACGUUAUCAGAGCUGGAGAAAUUUGAGGAACAACCAGAAGGUUUAGAUAUUGAAUUGGUAACGGAAAGUGGCAACAAAUCUGAGAAAUCGAGUCGUUUUGCCCCGGGAGAUAGCGUCGAGGUGGCUGAAGGUGAAUUGAUCAACUUACAAGGCAAAGUUAUAAGUGUGGUUGGUGCGAAGGUCACCAUGAUGCCGAAACAUGAAGAACUUAAUGAUCCUUUAGAAUUUCUUUCUCACGAGCUUCGUAAACAUUUCAACAUGGGUGAUCACGUGAAGGUUAUUGCUGGGAGGUAUGAGGGAGAUACAGGUUUGAUUGUCCGCGUUGAACCGAAGAUGAUUGUUCUCUUCAGUGACCUCACAAUGCACGAGUUGAAGGUUCUACCACGUGAUUUACAACUUUGUUCCGAUGUUAGUUCGGGUGUUGAUUCGGUCGGAAAGUUUCAGUUCGGAGAUCUUGUGCUGAUGGAUAGCCAAGUUGUUGGCGUUAUUGUUCGGUUGGAAAAAGAAUAUUUCCAAGUUCUCUCCAUGCAUGGAAAGGUUAAACACAUGAAGCAUCAAGCUGUCACUCGUAGAAAAGACACGCGGUUUGCGAUGGCAUUAGAUGCUGAACAAAACAGCAUUCAGUGUAAAGAUAUCGUGAAGGUUAUUGAGGGACCCCACAUGGGUCAAGAGGGUGAAGUUAAACACAUGUACCGAGGUUUUGCGUUCCUUCAAUCCAAGAAAGUAAUCGAAAAUGGCGGAAUAUUUGUCGUUCGGACUCGGCAAGUGGUGUUGGCUGGUGGAUCCAGGCAAAAUGUUGGAGCAAACCCAUUCGCUCCUAUGUCACCCCGUAUUGGGAGCCCUGCUCGCCAAGAUAAUGAUAGAAACAAACAACAAGGAGGACAAGGAGGAGGAGGGAGAGGGAGGGGGAGAGGACAACGAGAUAUGGGGAUAAUUGGUCAAACAGUUCGCGUGCGACAAGGACCAUACAAAGGUCACAUCGGGGUGGUUAAAGAUGCCACGGAGUCUACGGCUCGUGUCGAACUCCACGCCACGUGCCAGACAAUCAAUGUUGAUAGGAUGAGAUUGCAACCAACAGACCAACGUCGACCAGGGGCAGGGGGUAAAAGUUCAACUUACGGUCGUACCCCGAUGUAUGGAUCCCAAACCCCCACAUAUGGAGGUGGUAGAACACCCAUGUAUGGGUCGCAAACACCAUUACACGAUGGAAGUCGAACCCCACAUUACGGGGCACAAACCCCCCUUCAUGACGGAAACCGAACCCCACGUGGGGCAGGAAGUGCAUGGGACCCCACCAACGCAAACACACCCGCACGACCCGAUAACUUUGAUUACGACGCUGCUUCACCCGCACCCUAUGGUGGGGGAACCCCCAACCCACAAACACCAGGUGGAUAUCAAUCCGAUGACGCGUCACCAGCCACCCCUUACAGCAACGCUCCUCAGACACCCGGUGGUUACGCUUCGGAUCGUACGUAUUCACCCUACAGUGGGGUUACCCCUUCACCCCUGGGGUCUUAUGAGGCGACACCAAGUCCACUAGGUUCAAGUUACAGCAACUACCAACCAACCCCCUCACCUGGUGAUUUACAAUCUUCACCUGCAAGUUAUCAACCUUCGCCAUCACCGGGAAGUUACCAGGCCACCCCAUCACCCUCAGGCUACCUUCCCACCCCAAGCCCCCUAGAUUACACAAGCCCCCUAACCCCAGGUGGGGGAAUCACCCCUUCACCCCUGGGUAGCUACGGCACUCCAGGUUCAGUGGGUUCAUUGAUUGACCACGGGGGUGUUUCGGAGUGGCAGAGCGUGGAUAUCGUCGUUCGGGUGAAGCAGAACCACGAGGAGGGAGGGAUCGCUUCAGGGAAGACGGGGGUUAUCAGGAGUAUUACGGUGGGUGGUUUAUAUGGGUGAGGUCCUACAAACCAU